AUGGCUGCGAAAAUGGAGAUCUACUCUGAAGAUACUUUCUUCACUAAAGACCAGCAAUCCGUUGAAAGCUUGAUUGAAGUGGCCCAAUUCUUGAGGGAAGAUUUCUGGGCAGAUUAUGGAGACCCCAGUUUGGCGAUUGGACUGGAGUCGUUCGCGUCUCUUCCACCCCAAGCUUUUGAACGGAAUCCACCAAAACAGUCAUGCCCUAUCACGAACAUCUCAUUAGAAAAAGAACCUAUGGAAUCUUCAUUACUCGAAGAGCGUUCCUCCGUGGCAGCACCAUCUUCGCCUAUUUUAGAAACUUUGAACGAUUGUUACGUGUACAUGUGUCAGCAUGUGCCAUAUAAGGGCAUGCAAACCAACAACUUUGGUCAGGAGGAAAUAUGGGAAGCCUCUAUGCGGGCCAGAAGUGUCUUCUCCCCCAAACGCAGUGCGGGUCAUGCAAAAGCCCCAAGGCUUGUUCUGAUUCGAAACGAGGAGCCACUUACAGCUCCUGAGCAAACCUCUUUUGACUCAACAUGCUCUUUCUCGUCCAAAUACCCUGUUAGUCUUAAGUUGCAUACACGUAAGUGCUUUCUAGCUGUGGUCUUGAAUAGUGGGCCAGAGAAGGAAUACAAACUUCCGGUCUUUCAAAACUUGGUUCCUUUGAGCAUUAUGAAAGAAUUCAAAAAUUAUCAAGCCACCAAAGAGUUCCAGAAAGAUGAUGAAGUUCAGGUUUUCAAAACGCAAGAAGGCUGUCAAGUGUCCAUCAAACGAUAUGAGUCCAGACUCACACUCGUACAAUUGGCCUGGAUCCUUGGAUUACAAGAUUACCAUAUUUCGCUAACUAAAGACGUGGAAACAGUUGUACUAACAAUGUUUGACCAAUUAUGUGGUUUUAAGAUUGGUGAUAAAACGUGGAGUCGCGGCAUUUCGAAGGAUGAAAGGAAGCGAAUGAUCGCGCGUGUAUACAAAUUUGCGAGUAUUUACUUCCCCACAUUCACACCAGAAAUUGUCGAAGUCAUCAUAAAACGCGGUGCCUACUCACGUACUCAAGAGUUUUUGAGAAGGAAAAGGCGGAGGCAAAUGCGCUCCUUAGAUAUUACGUACUGA